AUGAGAAAACAUGAUAUGAGUCGAGUGAAUCGACCAAAAAUUUAUAAUCCCUACAAAAAUCAUCGUCCGCACGUUAUUAGGUUCAGAGGUUCCGUUGUCAAAAGUGCUUUAUUUCCAACCCUAAUGGUCACAGCUGUAUCUGCCGCCGUAACUGCACUUUACAUGAAGACCAAUAUAAAAAUGAGUAUUCCAAAUACUUUUACUCCUGUACUUGGUAUCGUUGUCGGCCUGUUACUCACCUAUAGAACCAAUACUGCUUACGACAG